AUGUAUGUGUGGACGGAGCUGGCGCAACCGCGUCUGAGUCGGAUGGAGCGAAUACCGGUACUGCUACUACGACCAUUUGACAAGAAACGGCAGCACGUCAUGGAGACGCAGCUGCGGUUUCAUGACGGGGACGUCAGCGGUCUCUGA